CAUUAUUAAACCUUAGUUAGUUGAAUGAAUGACAGCUAUUAACGAUAACGAGGACGGGACUAACCCUGGGGCGAAAGUUGAUAGUACAGUACUUUCUGAAAACCUAGAAGAUGGUGAAGUGACAGAUCAAGUGGAACUUCCUGUGACAGUCCCGACUCCGCCGGCCAAAAGGAGGAAGUGUGGCAGGGAAAGUCUAGUUGAGCAAGCUCUUGAAGUUGCAUUUCCCAAAAAUGUUGUUAUCAGAAGCAGCAACAUUAUUUGGGUUGAUCUAGAGAUGACUGGUCUGGACGUUGAGAAGGACCGUAUAAUGGAGAUGGCUUGUAUAGUGACGGAUAGGAAUCUCAAUAUCAUUGCGGAAGGACCAAAUCUCGUCAUACACCAAUCGGAAGAAGCAUUAGAAGGAAUGGGCGAGUGGUGCACAAUACAGCACGGUAAGACGGGUCUCACUCAACAGUGUCGUGACAGCAAGCUGUCUUGUGCGCAGGUCGAGCAGCAGAUGAUCGACUUUAUAUUGCAGUACUGUCCCAAAGGUCGGUGCGAGCUGGCCGGUAACUCUAUCCACACUGACCGCAAGUUUAUCGAAAAGGAAAUGCCCAAAUUCUUAGAAUGUCUUCACUACAGGAUUAUAGACGUGUCCACUGUCCGCAACAUCGCUUGGAGGUGGUAUCCUAACUUUGCGAAGUAUUACAGUAACCAGCCUGUCUCACACAGAGCCCUUGACGAUAUUAGAUCAAGUAUCGAAGAAUUAAAGCACUACCGGGAAACGGUGUUCAAAUCCAAAGUUCAGUACACGGAAGAUAUAGAAAUGCCGCCACCCAAAGAUGCUCUGGAGAUUUUGAUGACCCGCUGUGAAGCUCUCCAGGCUCGCAAGAUCAGAUCGAAGAGCGAAUCAGAAGCAACCGGCGAGGAAGAGCAGAAGAAGACUGUUCUACAACCGCCCGUCAGUGUCAGCGUUAAUGGUAAAAAUAUCACUCUUUUUGGUAACCAGAUGUAGCCAUGAUUACCAGAUGUAACCAUGGUUACCAUAUGUAGCCAUGGUUACCAUAUGUAGCCAUGGUUACCAUAUGUAGCCAUGAUUACCAUAUGUAGCCAUGGUUACCUGAUGUAGCCAUGAUUACCUGAUGUAGCCAUGAUUACCAUAUGUAGCCAUGGUUACCAUAUGUAGCCAUGAUUACCAUAUGUAGCCAUGAUUACCAUAUGUAGCCAUGGUUACCUGAUGUAACCAAUCCAUGUUAACGUAAUCGUACUGUCUGACACGGACUUCUUUUGCUUUAACUUGUCAUUUUGUAACAGUUAUAAUCAGGAUUUUUGACUGAUGAGUGAACUUGAUCUGUUGUUUAUAGUCCCUUAUAGUGCACUAUGAUACAAACAAUUGUUUAUUAUUAGAGUUCCACCUUAUAGUGCACUAUGAUACAAACAAUUGUUUAUUAGAUUCUUGUUCCACCUUUAAGGUUUUAAAAUGUUUAUCUAAUAAUACUAUUGAUUUUAUUCUAAAUUGUUCUUUUAAUAUUCUUUAAGAUUCGGAAUACAAAUAGUCUUAUAAUUUGAAUUA